AUGCGUCCAAUGCGUCUUCUGCUAGCCCUUGCUCUGGGCAGUGUAUGGGAGACAUGGGCCCAGAGCAUAGGGACGACGACGUCGCUGUUCCCAUCACAGGAAAAUGCCAACACGCCAGCACUCUUUCCAAUGCCACCAUGUGGUCAAUUCAACUUGGAAGAAGCCACCAUCGACCAAAUGCAGCAGGCCAUGAGCAAUGGCACACUGACCUCUCAGCAGCUGGUUCUGUGCUAUAUGCAGAGAACAUACCAGACACAAGAGUAUAUCAGCUCACUCUUGCAACUCAAUCCAGAUGUGCUGUCCAUCGCUGCAAACAUGGAUGCUGAACGCAAGUCGAGUAUAUUUCGCGGGCCACUGCAUGGCAUCCCUUUCACAGUCAAGGAAAACAUAGCGACCAAGGACAACAUGGAGACUACGGCCGGCAGUUGGGUUCUCAUUGGCAGCAUCGUACCACGAGAUGCCCAUGUUGUCGCUCGUCUUCGAGAAGCGGGAGCAGUCCUCUUUGGCAAGGCUUCGCUUAGUGAAUGGGCCGAUAUGCGCAGCAGCAAUUACUCAGAAGGCUAUUCUCCAAGAGGAGGCCAAGCUAGAAGCCCUUACAACUUGACUGUCAACCCUGGCGGUAGUAGUUCGGGUAGUGCGGCCGCUGUCGGAGCCAAUGCUAUUGCAUUUUCGCUUGGUACCGAAACUGAUGGUAGUGUCAUUAAUCCCGCCGAGCGGAACGCAGUCGUCGGUUUCAAGCCCACUGUAGGACUGACAUCGCGAGCAGGUGUUAUCCCCGAGAGCGAACAUCAAGACUCUGUCGGAACGUUUGGCCGGACGGUUCGAGAUGCAGUGUACGCUCUUGAUGCCAUCUAUGGUAUCGAUCCUCGUGAUAACUACACCUUGGCCCAGGAUUCCAAGACGCCAAACGGUGGCUACAUGCAGUAUAUGACCGGGAAGGACGAUCUGAAGGAUGCCACGUUCGGGUUGCCCUGGAACAGCUUCUGGACCUUUGUGGACGACGAGCAGAAGACAAUUCUCCUGGAUCUUCUCGCUUUAAUCGAGUCGGCUGGAGCAACCAUCAUCAACGAGACCGAGAUUACGAACUACGAAAAAAUUGUUAGCCCUACUGUCUGGAAUUGGGAUUACGGCACAACCCGUGGCUACCCGAACGAGUCGGAAUAUACGGUAGUCAAAGUUGACUUCUACAACAACAUUAAGACUUAUCUAUCAGAGUUGGAGAACACCAAUGUCCGCUCUCUCGAGGACAUCGUGCAGUACAAUUACGACAAUGAUGGCAGUGAAGGCGGUAAUCCGUGGCCCCUUGGCAUCUCAGCAUUCUACUCCGGCCAAGAUGGAUUUUUGGCUUCUCUAGAAACCAAGGGCGUGAAGAACGAGACCUACGUCCAGGCCCUCGAAUUUACGCAACGAAGUACUCGAGAAGGCAUUGACUCUGCCCUGAAUUACAAGGGGCAGCGCUUAUCCGGGCUGCUGGUUCCACCAGAUAUCGGACAAACCUACCAAACCGCGGCACCGGCAGGAUACCCAAUGGUCACGCUUCCAGCGGGCGUUCAUUCGAACACGGGGAUGCCAUUCGGUCUGGCAAUUAUGCAAACAGCAUUCGGCGAGGCUGAACUGGUGAAAUGGGCUAGUGCGAUAGAAGAUUUGCAACUGACUUCAGGUAACACGAUCAGAAGAAUGUUACCUCGUUGGCAUGGAUAUCUGGAGAGGAAUAUCCCUGUCCUGAAUGUCUGA